AUGGAAACUCUUGGAGCCUUUCCUGAUGGAGAAUGGGAAUGCUUUCGCAGAAUGUUUGCCAUUGAAGAGCACAAUGACUCACUACAAUUAAUUGGUCAAAGCUCACUUCUGCUUGGGGAAGAUGAUGUGAACAUUGGAACACAAUCCAUGUUUUGCUUCACUCCUGAAGCUGGUGGAAAUGAGAGUAUGUUUUACCCUUUUGAUGCUCACAACUCAAAUUUGCAGUAUGCUUCUCAAGAAAGCAAUCACAGUAGCAAUUGUAGUGGCCGUACUAUCUUGGUGGCCAAUCAGGGUCAUACUAACUACCAUUUCGAUUAUCCUGAUCAUGUGCUAGCUAAUUAUACCUCUACAUCCAUCGGAAAUUGCUUGAUGGAUGAGAAAAAACCUGGCCCUUUUGUCCAAUCGCUUACUGAUAUUGUAAUGGAAGAGAAUGUCAUCUUGAAUGAAGAUGAGAAAAGUGACAGAUUAGAGAAUUCUGAUCACAGUCAAAUGGAACCUAUUGUUUUUCCCACCAAGCAAUUGCAGCCAAAAAGGAUGCUUGAUGUGCCAGAACUGGAAGUGCAUGCAGAAGAUAAAAUAAACUCAUAUGGGAACCGUAAGAAAAAACCUCGUGUUUCAAAAGAUGUGCAAAAAUGCAUGAAGAAUGGACGGUCCAAGAAGAACCAGAAGCUUGAUAGAAAUGGAAACGAGGCAGAAGAGACUAAUGCAGGUUCAGAUGGACAGAGCUCUAGCAGUUAUACCUCAGAGGAGGAUAAUGCUUCUCAGGAAAAUAGUGGAGGAGCUACUUCGGCAUCUAAAUCACAUGUGGCUCUAAACUUAAAUGGGAAAACAAGAGCCAGUAGGGGAUCAGCAACAGAUCCUCAGAGCCUUUAUGCAAGGAAAAGAAGAGAGAGAAUAAAUGAGAGACUAAGAAUUCUACAGAAUCUUGUACCCAAUGGAACAAAGGUUGAUAUAAGCACAAUGCUUGAAGAUGCAGUCCAUUACGUGAAAUUUUUGCAGCUCCAGAUCAAGGUAAAAUAA